UGUGUGUUCUGUGUGAUUUAAUAAUAUUGUUAAAAAAUGCAUUUAAAUUCAAUAACUAGUGUGAGCAUUAAUUAAUACGCAAAGUGCUGUGAAUAUCAACGAGCAUGUGUACACAAAGUUAUUGUUUUGAUGUUUGUUGUAUGUUUCGUGCGAUUUAAGGGAGAGUGUGCGAGAGGAAGCGUGAAAAGAGCACACGUGGAUGGGUUGCCGGACUGUUGAGAAAGUUGGGAGUGGUUUAUACGUCGCCAUUGGUCGGUUCAGAGUUUCUCAUUUUAAUUUUAAACAUACAAAAAAUUUAAGAAAUAUGUUUGAACUCCCAAAAUAAUGGCAAUUCUUAAAAACGAAAGAGAUAAGACGAAAUGGUAUAAAAGAAACAAAAAUGUUGAUUUUCAAUAAAAAACGCUUGUUACACGUAACAUAUAAAUACUCAGUUUAAGCGCUCAGAUGAAGCCAAUUAAUAGUAAAUCAAGAACAAAGCCUUAUAUUAAUAAAAUGUUUGUUUAAAUAAAGAACCCAUCAGCAACAUCCGCUUAACAAAACAACUAAACUAUUCGGCUGGUCUUUUAAAAGUUCACGAACCCAAAAAUAUAUGAUGUCUCGAUUCCAAAAACUCAGUCCUUUAUUACCCGAUUAGCGCUGCGACUAUCUGGCAACCCUCUUUGUUGGCCAGCAUGAAAAUGCGCAACUCGGUUUCUAUUUCUAUCUUUCGCAUUUUAAACGUCUUUGUGAUCGGUUGUUGUUGGGUCGCGGAUGCCUAAUCAUCGAUAGCUGUAUGCUGAAUGGAGCACGGUUCGGUUAAAUGCCCGAUAAAGCGCCACUUCUGUUGAUUGGCCGCAUAAAUACAAAAUCAAAAUCCUUCGCUCAAAGUUGUAUAACAAAAAGAAGAAAUUUGGGUGCGCGAAAUAAAAAUGCGCGAAAGUCAAAUGAUUGAAUAAAUACAUAAUUGGAAAAAGCAGCCGAAAAUGUAAACGGAGAGCGCGUUUGAAAUAUAAAAAUUCGGUAUAUCAAGAAAAAACUAUAUUGAAGCUUAUGAGUGUCGAUAUAUAAAGUGAUUUAAAUGUAAAACAUAACAAUAAACAACAAGUUCGACACAUUCAGCAAACUUGAAGGGCGACCAACUUGAAAACGACAGCAGCAACUGAAAACGCUUAGCAACAAUGUUGCACAGUAAUCGCGACAAUGCAGAGCCAACUACAACAACAACAGCAACAUCAACAGCUACAAUUGCAACAACAAAAGAAGGCAAUGGAACGGAGCCAAUAAUUGCAACGCACUUUGCAACAACAUCUGCUGCAGCAGCAGAAACAUCAGCUGGUGUAAAGGAAAUAGAUGUAACAGCUGAGGGUCAACCGCUGCCGUUCACAAUAACAACAACCCCAGCAGCUGUGGCAGAGCGAACGGAAUUGGCACAAACAGCUGAUGCGUCUGCAGCGGCGAAUGUUGCUGCGUCUGCUGCUGCGGCGGAGUCGUCCGCACUCGAUGCUCAGAUGCGAACGCAGCAACGUCAGAAGAUCAAGAUAUACCACGAUGCCAAGCAGACGGCGGUAUGGCGCACCGAUUCGCUGGCCUCCAAUCCCAGCUCGACCAUGUGCCCUGAUUUUCCCAGCUCUGGAGCAGUAGGAGGUGGAGCACCCGCACCCAUGGGCCUUCCGAUGCGGAGCAUUAUCCUGUCGACGGCACCCAGUCUGCUGCAGCGAAAAUCCUCGGACAGCUCGCUCACCUCGUCCAUCGCAAGACGCGUCUCGUUUCCGGAUAACGAACUGGUCACUGGUUACUUAGAGCCCGCCAAUCCUUGGAAGCAAGUAUUCCAAGUAAAGAGUAUUUCCGAGAUUGUCGAUCAGUAUGAGCAGUCAUGUCAAAAGCAUCACACAAAGCCGCUAAAGAGUGUAAUGGACCACCUGAAGAACCUAGAUAUAAACCAGGUGCGACAGCCUUCACUUCCCCUCAAGGGGAACCAACUAGCCGCCAACGAUUGCGAAGCCCUCGAGGAGAUUUUCAAAAGGAUACAAUACAAAUGCAUAGACUUGUCCGACUGCACGCUGGACGAGAGCUGUCUGAUGGCCCUCUUCCAGAUGAUAGAAUACUACGAGGCCGCCUAUGAGCUGGAUAUAUCCUACAACAAGGAGCAGAUGAGCAAGCGCUGCUGGGAGCUGUGUGCCUACAUGGUGGAGCACAGCCAAGAGCUGCAGCUGCUCAAUGCCGAGAGCAACCAGAUCACAAAGUUGGGUGCCGACAGCCUCGGUCGGGCAUUGGGCUCCUCCAAUCUGCACACAUUAAAGCUUGAGCACUGCGGACUCAGGGGACAGCCCCUAGUCCAACUCUUAUCAUUUGCAGGCCGAGGUCUCUACCAAAACAAAAUGCUCAAGGAACUGUGGGUGGGCUUCAAUGAUUUGGACUGCGUGGAUGCCCAGCACAUAGCCGACAUGCUGCGCUACAACCACAGCUUGGAGCUGAUCGACAUUAGCAACAACAACAUAAGAAACGAGGGCGUCAUGUACCUGGUGCAGGCCCUCAUCCUGCAGUCCACCGAGCUGGAGCGACGAAUGGGAGCUCUGAAGCGGACCCGCGCCAUCGAGGUGGACGAGUGCGUGUCGCCAGUGGAGACGGAGGCCCCCUCGGCAUUGCCCCAAUCCGUUGGAUCGGCGGCCGAGCAAGCGAAAGAUGACGCCGAUGGCGAGCCAUUCCCUCAGGUAUCCUCGAUUCUUGAGACUCCAGCGGAGGAGUCAGCCCUCGCCGAUCCGGCGGUGGGAGUCCUAGUGGACGUUGAGAACGAUAACGACGACGAGAACACCGAGGACACUGUGCGCACCGUGAGGAACUGCAGCCAAAACGGCGGCGGGCAAUCCAUGCUGGACAAGCUGCUGUCCAUGAACAGCGACAGCAGCAGCGAGGAGGCGCCCUCGAACAUUUCCACCGACACCCUGGCCGCCUGCUGCUCCGAGGACAUCAGCGAGAUCAGCAACGAGAUUUACGAACCCACCGCCGCCAAGCAGCCGCCAGCAGCAGACGAGGUCGCUCCGUCCGUGAUCUCAUCCAGCCCGAUGCAGUCGGAGUCGGCGGCUCUGGCAGCUGCGCCUGAGGAGCCGCUGUCUCCAGCGCACCAAAAACAGCAAAGUUCCCAAAUCGAACGCAACUUAUGUGAUAUUACUCCCUCAACAGAGGCUAAAACCGUUGAACCCAAUGAAUCCUGUGUACAGAACAACAUUAUCAACAACAACAAUAACAACAAUGCCAACAAUUCCCACAACAAUAGCAACAACAAUAACACAAUCCAAUUGCCAGCGGAGACAGGAGCGACGGCGACCUUGGCAGUCGUAGCACCGCCGAUAGAGAUCGGAGCCAAUGCCAGUGGCUCCUCGCCAGCGGCGAUCUUCGAGGUAACCGCCGAGGAGAGCGAUUGUAUAAACGGCAGCGGAGUGGGGGCGGGUGGGUCGCGGCCACUGGACGUUAACAAGAAUGCCAAGGCGGGCGACGACUUCGAGGACACGCACAGCACGGACUCGGCGUUCGAGAGCGCCUCCGAGGGGGACAUUAGUCGCCAUCUGCCCGACGAGUUUAGCCGGCUUUCGGUGUCGCUGGAGAGCACGCGCUUAGACGACUUGACCAAGGAGAUGUGUGGCAUCGAGACGGCCACCAUUGCCACAGAGUCCACCGAGUGUCUACUGGCCGCCCAGGAGGCUGCGACACCAACACCACCGCUGGGCGCACGCGCCCUUGAUGAACUGGUAGAUGCAUUCCCGCCGCCAAAAGUCACGAUUGCCGAAGAGUGCCUGCUGGCGGACAAAGAACAGAGUCCCAGUCCCUUUCCGACCCUCAGCCCGGCGCCCACGCCCCCGCCGCCGUCCACGUCGCCGGGAGGAGCCAGCAUCGGACUGAGGCGAACAGAGUCCAGCUGUGCCUACCUCAAUCAGUCCACCCGCAACCGGUCGCAGAGCUCCGACAGCCUGUGCAGCGAGACAUCGCUGGAUGGGCUGAGCAGCGGAGCCAGCAACAACAGCGUCAGCUCCUCCGCCUCCGCCGAUCCGAAGUUCGCCGAGAAGCUGACCAAGAACGACACGCUGUCGCGUCGCCAGCUGGCCGAGGCCACUUUGGAGGCGAACCGUUCGCCCAGCGGUCUGAAGGCCCUGACCCUGUGGAACAACAACCUGACCAAGGACUGCGCCACUGCGGUGGCCGAGCUGCUGCAGAAGACCAUUUCACUGGAACUGCUCAACAUUGGGAAGAACUGUCUGUCCAACGACUUCAUCUCGACCAUCAAGGACAGCCUGACCAAGAACACGACUCUGACCACGUUGGGGCUACAAAGUGCCCAUCUGAGCGCCAAGGGGAUCGAGACGCUGGCCUCCAUCCUCACCUUCGGCGGCAACAGCAAGCUCCAGCGGAUAGACAUCCGAGACAAUAAACUAGAGGUGGAAAGUCUGAACAUAAUCGCCGAGGUGCUCAAGUCCAAUAACACGCUCACCCAGAUCGACAUUAACGAUGAGCCCAAGCGCCUGACGUUGCCCAUAGUGCCGAUAGUAAAUGUUAUACCGCCAUCGCCAUUGCCCCAGGAGAGCAUUGGGAGCGAUGCCCACCUGGACUACACGAGGGUGCUGGGCACCGUGCGCUCCCUGUGCUCGCGGAACGAGAAGCGGCAGGCCCAGGAGCUGGCGGAGCGGGCGGCGAAGGUGGUGGCCGGCGGCAGCAGCGUUGGCGUCGGCCUACCGGGCGUACGGUGUCGCGGCGGUUACUACUUGGGCUCGCGGAAGAUCUCGUUGACCUGCCACAGCCGCCCCUUCGUGGACGCGGCCACUGGCACGGUGAAGGCAACGGCGACCGCGACCGCUGCAGCAACCGCCCUGCCCACACCGGCCGCCCUGCUGGAGGCGAAGCGGAAGAGUGGACCCCGCCUCCGCUCGCCGGGACCCAGUCCGCCCACCAUAUCGCCAUCGUCCUCGCCGAACCGCAGCCGCUUUCACGUGUCGCGCGUGGCGGAAGUGGGCAGCCCACUGAUCUCGCCCCUGGCCCAGCAUCCGCCUCCGCACACGCCGCGCUCCGCCAGCAGCUGCAUGUCCAUACCGACCAUCGCCUCGCCCAGCGGCAGCCAGAGCAGCCUCAAUGCCGUGGGAGCCCUGCCCACCUCCAGUUCGCUGCCGGCGAUGGCCUCCGUCACCUCCUCCACGCAGACGAUCAAGCGGCUGUCGGUGUCGCCGCGGUCCCGCUUCCAGGUCUCUCGCAUCUACGAGGACCCGCAGGUGCCGAUGGCCAACCGCCAGCUGCCGCCGAUCUCGCCGCACACGCCCCCCAUCGACCUGCCGCCCACUCCGAUGCUGAAGUCGGCGCGGAAGGCGGUCCUGCUGUCCGAGGCAGUGGAGGCGGCAGCCGCCGCGGUGCCGGUCAGCAGUGUGGUGGUCGUUGAGUCCAGCGAUGCCAGCGACGCGCACAAUAGUACAAAGGUCCGAGAAGCCGACGGCCAGAAGGUUUCGCCGCGCUUGACCAUCUCGCCCACCCUAAGCCUCUCAAGCUCCACGUCGCCCGGCAGCAGCAGCAGCGGGAGCAGUAGCACCAGCAACGGGAGCACCUCCACCACCACCUCCAUCUCCGCCGAUGCCACCGACUCUGUGGCCUCGGUCCCAGAAGCUCCACCCAGGUCCUGUCCCCUGGCCGUGUUUGGCGAUAACGACAUCACGCUGACCAAGGAAUCGGCCGGCGUGGUUGCUCUCUCUGCUGCUGCUGUGGCCAGUCACAUGAAUCCGGUGCCGGAGUCUGAGCCAGAGCCGCUGCCGCCUGCGGAGCCCGUCACCAGUGUCCCGCAGUCGCGCUCCCGCAAAACAUCGUGGAUUGCCAAUCCGUCGGCGGUGGAGAAGCUGCUCACGCUGUUCAACACGGGCAAUAUGUUCCAGCGAAGCUCCUCGCCGGAAGCGAAUGCCAGUCAAGCGAGCACUGUGCCCGCCGCCAACACAACUACAAACAGCACACAAAACGCCACAUCAGGAAGCGGCUUGGGAGGAGCAAGCGGAGGCGACUGCAGUACCACGACACCAAAUCCCCUUCUCUCUGUGGCUCGAAAGUCCUCGGCCGCCUCGUGGACCUCGCUGACCGGAAGCAACAUCUCCAGCCAGAACACAGACUCGGCCAGUUCGUCCUUUCUCGACACGGCGUCCAGACAGCUGCGGGAUUUUGGUAAGCAAGUCUUCCGCCAGAACAUCUCCUUCAACAACAGCUGCGAACAGGCGGCCUCGGGCGCAACUGCCCAGCAUGAGUUGAGCACGGGGACGUCUGCUUCGAGCAGCACGGAGUCGCCAUCCCCGCCGGAGUGCAACACGGCCCACAUGCCGCUCAGCCUGAAGCGUCAGCUGAAGGAAAACAUCUCGCCGGAGCACACGAUCAACGAGGAGACCCUUCACACGCUACAGAAAUUGUCGAGGGCAGAGGAUUUAGCCCUGAAGGCGGAGGCGGCAACCGAACUGGGCGACAUCGAGAUCGUAAUGCACAGCGAGGUGGCCGAUUGCCACCUGGCGGAGGAUAAAGCACAGGAGCAGGAAGAAGCAUCUUCGAGUGCUGUUUAAAGAAAGAUACAUGGAAGUUGAAGCUGAUCGCAAUACAGAAAGGCAAGGAACGGAGAAAGCACCCAACUCAACCGAAGAAAGCAACACCCACCCAGCAUUCCCAUGGCUCUCCCUUGUACUGUACCCCACCCGCCUUGAAAAAAUGGUUAUGUAGUCAAGGAUGAUAAUGAUAAUGGAACUUUGGGUUUCCCUUUAACCCCCAAAACAAAUAUGAUGAAGUACACAAGUUAUUACUAACUUUGUUUUAUUUUUGGUUAAAUUCAUUUUAAGUUUUAUAACAAGAAAAUAUAAAUAUAUUUUAAUUAUACUUACGGCAUCGAGAUGCAAACUAAAUUCCCAAUAUUCACUUUAAGAAGAAUUGCUUCCGAAACUAAUUUUGGGUGCAGUUUUUCUAAAGUGAAUACUGGUCUAAAAAUGGAUAAACAUUAAUGAAUGUAAAAUAUUGAACCAAUAUUUCAAAUGUACACACAUAUAAACCACACAUAAAUAUAAAACACUAUUUGUCUUAGUGUGCGCAUUGAUAGCUGGCUCUUAAAAAGUUGCAUUAACGUUAGGAUCGAAAAUCGUGUGGAACUUAGAUGCAAAAAUUGUACUUACCAAUCCAAAAGAACACUGAAAAGUUAACAAUAACUAGAAUCAGACCCACAAAGCCACCGGAAAUACAUUGUUAUACAUACUUAAGUUAAUUUUAACUAUACGAAGAGCACGAAUGUUACAACUUAAUAUGGGAAAUCUUCCCGAAAUAGGAUUACUUCCCACACACCUUUGUUCAUGGAGUGAAAUUCCCUAUUGUUUUUUCCCUUCUUCCACGUUCCCCAACUCGCUAGCAACUCAAACAAAGUGCGAACUGAAUCAGAUCUGCCCAAGUAUUAUGAAUCGGAACAACUUUCAAAACAGAUAUACAUAUACUUAAAUUAGGUACUUAAUCAGCUUAUCGAUUGCCACUAAUUAUGUAAUUAGCCCACCAGUCAGACCAGUAGACAAUCUUAAGUUCAAUGACAUUGUGCAAUUAUUCGUACAUUCAUAAUUCACAAAAACAACAACAACAACAAAAACUUAACGGAAAUGAAGCGCAAACGAAAACAAAAAUACCCAAAAUAAAUCCAAUUGAUCUCAUUAUGUGAUAUUUGUCGUAGUGCCCAAAGCGUUCACUGUACGUGUAUCUAUAACCAAAAUAUAUGAGUUUAGCGCAGAGUGUACAUACGUAACACUUGCUCUAAGUUAACUUACUCAAGUACAUCCAUCCCCCUCAACAUCAACUGAGGCAGAUCCUUAGUUAGAGUUGAUCCUGAUAUCAUAGGGUCACGAUGCAACUUUUUAAAAUGCCAGCCAUUAAUGGGCGUGCCUAAACGUUAUAGAUAAAUGAAACACACAGCAAACAUAAAUAUAUAUAUAACUUUAAACAUAUUAUAAAUCAUGGAAGAUCUUGUAAAUACCGCGUGUGUACUCUCUGUAGGGAAAUGGGGAGCCUCUAGACGAAGCUACCCCGAAUUCUGAGUUUUUUUGCUCUUUGUUAACGAUUUUUGUUUUUGUUUAAUAUUUUAUUGUUUAAAAAUAUAAAUGUAGCUAUAUGUGUAUAUCUCUAUAUAUUAUGAACGUAUUUAAGUAGUGAAAAGCAAACAAAUUUUUCAAAUAUUUCCCUAAAUUUACCAAUUGAAAUGUAUCUCUGAGUUGAGAGGAAAUACUUAAAAAUGUAUCGUACUUAAUUUACAGAGUGAAUAAGAUUCUUUCUGGUGCUAAAGCUAAGAGUUUGCCAUAUAGCUAGAUACCUAUUUUCGGCAAUCUAAAUGCACCUCGCAGUUUAUUAAAUCAAUUGUUUACUCUUUUGAUGCUAAA